AUGGGCAAGGAAGAUAAGAAGAGAAAGCUCGAGGAGGCUGGCGAGCCUGAUAGAAAGCUGAAGAAGGACAGAAAGGAGAAGAAGGAAAAGAAGGAGAAAAAGGAAAAGAAGGACAAGAAGGAGAAGAAGGAGAAGAGUGAAAAGAAGGAAAAGAAUAAAACGGAGAAGAAAGAGAAGAAGGAGGAUGCUCCAGUUGAAAGCAAACCUGUUUCUUCCUCUUCCUCUGCCUCUGCCUCUUCUGCUUCCUCUGCUUACCAUGAAUCUAAGGCUCUUUCUAAUGUCCCCGAAAGUGAAAUCAAGGAGUUCUUGGAAACCAACGAGGUUGCUAUUGAAGAUCCCCAUUCCUUGAACCUCCGUCCACUUUUGUCGUUUGACCAUGUGGACUUCAUUGACGACGUACAGAAGGUCAUCUCCAAGUUCCCUAAACCUACACCUAUCCAGGCAGCUUCGUGGCCAUUCUUGCUCAGUGGAAAGGACGUCAUUGGUGUGGCCGAGACCGGUUCCGGUAAGACGUUUGCGUUUGGCGUGCCUGCUGUGAAUAGCAUUUUGAAGGAGAAGAAGAAGGGCCUUAAGGUGCUCUGUCUUUCGCCAACGAGAGAGUUGGCGCUCCAGAUUUACGAUAACUUGGUGGACUUGACGAAAAACGCUGGUAUUUCUUGUGUGGCCAUUUAUGGUGGUGUCAGCAAACAGGACCAGAUCGAUAAGUUGUACGAUGCCAGUAUCGCUGUGGCUACACCAGGUAGAUUGGUGGAUUUGUUGGAAGACGGUCUGGUGGACUUGUCGAGCGUGGAUUACUUGGUUCUUGAUGAAGCCGAUAGAAUGCUUGAUAAAGGUUUCGAGCAGCACAUUAAACAGAUCAUUGGCCAGUGUCCUGUGAAGGAGAACCGUCAGACGUUGAUGUUUACUGCUACUUGGCCCAAGGAAGUUAGAGAGUUGGCUGCCGAGUUCAUGAGACUGCCUGUGAAGGUCACUAUUGGUGAAAGAGACGAGCUUUCUGCCAAUAAGAGAAUUACGCAGAUCGUCGAGGUCAUGGAGCCUAGAGAUAAGGAGAGAAAGCUCGUGCAGCUUAUUAGAAAGUACCAGUCUGGCCCAAAGAAGAACGACAAGAUUCUUAUCUUUGCCUUGUACAAGAAGGAAGCUCUGAGAGUGGAGAACUCUUUGCAAAGAGGUGGUUUCAAUGUUGCCGCUAUUCAUGGAGAUCUCUCUCAGCAACAGAGAACCCAGGCACUUAAUGCAUUCAAAAAUGGUGAGUCCAAUCUUCUUUUGGCCACCGACGUCGCCGCCAGAGGUCUUGAUAUCCCCAACGUCAAGGUCGUCAUCAACUUGACCUUCCCUCUUACAGCAGAAGACUACGUGCACAGAAUCGGAAGAACAGGCAGAGCUGGCCAGACGGGAACUGCCCAUACGCUUUUCACCGAGCACGAGAAACACUUGAGUGGCGCUUUGAUCAACAUUUUGCGUGGUGCCAACCAGCCUGUGCCAGAUGAGUUGCUUAAGUUUGGUGGCCACACCAAGAAGAAGGCUCAUUCUGUGUACGGAGCGUUCUUCAAAGACGUCGACAUGUCGAAGACCGCCAAGAAGAUCAAGUUUGACGACUAA